AGCAUAUUACUGCAGUCCGGCCUCUUUGGCCUUGGUCCACCGUGCUCAAUCGCUAUAAAUUUCGAAGACGCAGAGACGCGAAAACAAGCGUCCGUUAAGCGGGAGAGUGGCCAAACAGAGUUAGUGCCCUUGUUUCAUGGCCAAGACACGGUCGCGGGAGAGGUGAGGAUAGAGCCUUUGCCGGGGAAAAAAAUCGAACACACCGGAGUCAAGAUCGAGCUGAUCGGCCAAAUCGAGCUUUUCUUUGAUCGCGGAAAUUUCUACGAUUUCACCUCUCUCGUGAGAGAGCUCGACAUUCCUGGCGAGAUAUCCCAGAGGAAGAUUUACCCUUUUGAGUUUCAAAACGUAGAGAUGCAGUAUGAGUCGUACAACGGGGUCAACGUUAGACUGAGGUACAUUCUGAGAGUGACUGUCAGUCGAAACUAUUCUUCCAACAUUGUCAAGGAGAAGGACUUCUGGGUACGGAAUAUCUUGAAAGAGCCGGAAAUCAACAACACAAUCAAGAUGGAGGUCGGCAUUGAGGACUGUUUACACAUUGAGUUCGAAUACAACAAAUCAAAGUACCACCUGAAGGAUGUAGUAAUAGGGAAAAUCUACUUUCUACUGGUUAGAAUCAAGAUAAAGCACAUGGAGCUGGAGAUAAGGCGACGUGAAUCAACGGGUUCAGGGCCGAAUACUUACAAUGAGAGCGAAACUCUUGCCAAGUAUGAAGUCAUGGAUGGAGCUCCAGUAAGAG